CUAUUACAAUAAAGAGAAAGGGGUAAAAAAACAAGAGAAAUUGAAGAGCCAUCUUCAUCCAUUCAAGGAGGCUGCUCAAGAAGUAGACAGUAAACUUCAGCUUUUCAAGGAGAACCGUAGAAGGAAGAAGGAGAGGAAGGAGAAGAAACGCCAGCGGAAGGGGGAUGAGUGCAGUCUUCCCGGACUCACCUGCUUCACUCAUGACAACAACCACUGGCAGACGGCCCCCUUCUGGAACUUGGGAUCUUUCUGUGCUUGCACGAGUUCUAACAACAACACCUACUGGUGUUUGCGUACUGUUAAUGAGACGCAUAAUUUUCUUUUCUGCGAGUUUGCUACUGGCUUUUUGGAGUAUUUUGAUAUGAAUACAGACCCUUAUCAGCUCACAAAUACAGUCCACACAGUAGAACGGGGCAUUUUAAAUCAGCUACACAUACAGUUGAUGGAGCUCAGAAGCUGUCAAGGUUAUAAGCAGUGCAACCCAAAACCUAAGAGCCUGGAAGUUGGAAAUAAAGAAGGAGGAAGCUAUGACCUACACAGACCCCUUACUAGUAAACAAGUUGCCAUUGAGUUGAUUCCAAAUUAUAACCCCAA